AUGGAGCAGGCUUCAAACGUUGGUGACAAUCCAAAUUGUGACAAAUCAUCCGCCAAAUUAACGGUAAGCCCCCGACACUGUAAUUCUGUUCGCGAUGUGACUGCAGUCCUUAUUGCUGACAAACCGGCCAGGCUCUACCGCUGGUGUAAACAUUUUAAGCACCUCAACUUUAAUGAACGACGCAUCACACCCUCCCCCUCCAUCACAGCGGAGUUUCAAUCCUCUCCAGCCUACGCAGUGUCGUGUAACCUCCCUUCCGAAGACGAAGUGACCGAUGCAAUUCAGAGGCUGCGCAACAACAAGGCGUGCGGAGAGGACAAAACCUUGGCUCCUUGGCUUCAUGAGGUGAUUGUACAGGCAUUGCGAGAGGAGGCCGUUCCCGAUGACUGGGGCUCAGGCAUCCUUGUACCUGUUCACAGUAACGGAGAUAAAACAAGAUGUGCCAACUACCGCGGCAUAAGUCUUAUCGACGUUUCUGCAAAGAUCUUCGCUAUUUUUCUUCUCAGGCGCUUCCAGACUGUACGUGAGUCCAAGACAUGGCCCAACGAAGCCGGAUUCCGCGCUGGGCGUGGAAGUGCGGAUCACAUAUUCACACUGAGGCGCAUUCUAGAAUUCCGUGAUAGCUACUAA